AUGUUGAAAGAGUAUAAAUUGGUUGUUGUUGGCGGCGGUGGUGUUGGUAAGUCGGCACUCACCAUUCAGCUUAUCCAGUCACACUUUGUUGAUGAAUACGAUCCUACCAUCGAGGACUCAUACAGAAAACAGUGUACUGUUGAUAAUGAGCAGGUGGUUUUAGAUAUUUUGGAUACUGCUGGUCAGGAGGAGUACCUGGCCAUGAGAGAGCAGUACAUGAGAACUGGUGAAGGGUUCUUGUUGGUGUAUGCCAUCAACUCCAGGAAUUCGAUAGAAGAGUUGCAAACGUUCUACGAGCAGAUCCAGCGUGUUAAGGAUUCAGAUAACGUGCCGGUGUUGGUGGUGGGUAACAAGUCUGACUUGGAGAUUGAGAGACAGGUGAGUUAUGAGGAAGGUGCUGAGUUCGCCAGAGCCUUGAACUGCCCGUUUUUGGAAACUUCAGCUAAGCAGAGAAUCAACGUUGAAGAAGCUUUCUACGGGUUGGUGCGUUCCAUCAACGAAAAGACUGCUGCUGCCAACCCACCAUCUGAACCUGUCGCUGCACCAGCAGCUGGAGGAGCCGACGCGUCAGCAGAACAAAACGACAACGCUGUGGAAGCUUCCAAGGCUGCUGAACACAGCAGCAAGCCUGCGCAGGCCAGCAAACCAGCGGCCACCUCUGAGAGGAAGACCGCCCAGAGCCUGUCCAAGGCGCAGCAGCCCAAGGAGAAGAGUGGAUGCUGUGUGAUUGUUUAA